GCCGCAAGCUCAAUGCAUGGUUCCAUUAUGUCACUCUAUCGCGUUGCGUUUCGUGUUUCGUACAAAUAAUCACUACACUUACACUAGUUUUUAUUCAGUAGGUAACUAAUAGUGCGUUGUGUAGUGUGUUAUACCUACUCGCUAAAUAUCCAAAUUGGUCAUUUCGGGGGAGUAACGUGUUGUGAUUUUUUUUUGUGAAUUUAAAAGGCAACAAGUUACAUUUGUAACAGCUCCUUUCAACACGUGGUAGUUGUGAUUCAUGCGAAGGAAGAAUCAGAAAACUUUAUAAGCAAUGGAUGUCGAAGAUAACAAAUUGGUAUUCAGAGAAUUGCCCGUAGGACCACUUACCCCUUAUAGAAAACUAUCUAAAUUCGACUGGAGAAAAUUGAAGUUAUUUUUUGAAGAUGCAGAAAUGUUAAAAGUGCAAAUUCAAGUAUGGAAGACGCUAGAAUCAGAUCCACUAUUUCAAAGACCUCAGGUUGAAAUAAGUACAGACCAAAAGCAGAGGAUGGCAGCAUUGCAGCUGAAGAAAUAUAUAGAUUAUAAUUUUGUAAACCCAGAUAUAAAUAAAGUACCAUAUAAAAAAAGGACUCGAAUACAACUGGCGUGCAAUCAGGCAAUAGCUGUAACGUUUCCAGAUGUCUCUAUCAAAUUAGCCCUAGGUCAAGGUCUAUUUACUAAUACAAUAGUCACAUUAGGAACAGAGAGACAUUUCAAAUAUGCUUAUGCAGGUAAUAAGAUGUUGUCAUGUCUAGCGCUAACAGAAAUCUCACAUGGAAGUAACACGAAACAGAUGCGAACAGCUGCAACAUACGACCCACAAACACAAGAAUUUGUAAUAAACACGCCAGAUUUUGAAGCUGCAAAGUGCUGGGUAGGAAAUUUAGCUAAACAAUGCACGCACGCACUACUUUUUGCCCAACUGUAUACCAAAGGAGAAUGUCACGGAUUACAUGCAUUUAUAGUUCCAAUUAGAAAUCCUAAAACAAUGAGUCCAUAUCCGGGUAUUACAGUAGGAGAUAUGGGCGAAAAGAUUGGAUUGAACGGUAUUGAUAAUGGAUUUAUAAUGUUCAAGAACUUCAGGAUACCAAGAGAAAACUUACUUAACAGAACGGCAGAUGUAACGCCUAGUGGAGACUAUGAAAGCUCGUUUACUGAUCCCCGGAAAAAUUCUGGGAGCAGCUUUAGAAAAUUUGUCCAUGGGACGAGUGGGCAUUAUGCAAGAAAGUUCGAAUAAUCUCAUUUGUGCUAUUACGAUAGCAUUGAGGUAUGCGGCCGUUAGGAAACAAUUUGCUCCAAAUGGGGAAGGCAAUAAUAAUAUGAACGAGUUACCUAUUAUUGAAUAUCCCUUACAUCAAUGGAGACUCUUCCCAUACAUGGCAGCAGCAGCUGUGUUAAGAGUAUUUGUCAGCGGCUUUACAGAGACUUACUUAACUGUAGUAGAAAAAUCUGCAACCUCAAUCGAAUUAGAAAACUUAAGUGAAAUGGUAUCUGAAAUUCAUGCUCUCGUAUCAAGCGCAAAACCAUUAAUGACGUGGACUUGUCGGGAUGCAACGCAAGAAUGUAGAGAAGCCUGCGGAGGACAUGGUUUCUUAAAAGCUUCGCGCUUAGGAGAAUUAAAAAGUAUCAUAGACCCAUGUGUAACUUACGAGGGAGACAACAAUGUACUAGUGCAACAAACCAGCAAUUGGUUGUUGAGACAAUGGCAGGCGAUUCUCUCUGGUGAUAGAUUGUCUACACCUCUAGAAAGUUGUAAAUUUUUCCUUGAUCAUAAAAAAAUUAUGAGUACAAAAUGUAUUGCUAGGAGUAUAUCUGAAGUACAAACCAAAGAAUUUGUAAUGACUUCUUAUCAAUGGCUUAUCAUAUACCUAGUUAAUGAAACUCACAAGAAACAAGAGGAAAUUCUUCGUAGAGGUCUGGACAAAUUCACAGCACGUAACGAAUCGCAAGUUUACAAAGCAGCGUUGCUUUCUAAAGCUUACGGUGAAUAUACAGCUCUCAGCUAUUUUUGGGAAAAAGUUUCCAAGGCAGACAAGAGUUUGCAGGCUGUGUUACAUAACCUUGGACUUUUAUAUGGUCUAUCAUGUUUAGACAAAAAUCUAGUUUACUUUUAUCAAGGCGAAUAUACAAGAGGAUCUGAAUUUUCUCAGAACAUAAAAGAGGCGAUAUUAGAUCUAUGCAAGCACUUAAAACCUGAUGCUUUGACUGUUAUUGAUGGACUUGCUCCACCAGAUUAUGUAGUGCAUUCUGUUUUAGCCACAUCUGACGGAAAAUUAUACCAAAAUCUCCAAAAACUGUUAAUGGGUAAUCCACAAUCACUAUCCAGACCAUCUUGGUGGCAAGAAAUUGCUUACGAACAUUCGAAUUUAUCGCAAUUCCAUAGUAAAUUGUAAAUAUCAAAUCGUGAAUAAAAAUGUCUUCGUUAUUGCUGCACAUUGAAACUUUAUAUUUACAAAAGCAUUUAUUUCAUAGAUCGAAAUAUAUACAUAUUUUUGUAAUUAUAUUUUGUAUUAUGUACAUGAGAAAAUAUAAAUAAAAUAGUCUCCAUUUA